AUGUCGCGGAUAUCCACCUUUGGCCGUGCGGUCAGUCAACUGGCGACUCCCAAUGUCCCCUCCACCACCUGCAGAUCCUGCCAACUACGACUCAGCGCCGCCUCGCAACAACGCUUACUGCAGACCUCCGCUACCAGACCCGCAAUCGCCGACCGCUUCAAGUCUGUCUUUGGCAGCAAGAAGAAGGAGGACACGACGGAUGUCGCUACACUCGACGCCGCAGAAUUCGACGACACACCACGAAAGCCCGACUUCCCAGGAUGGUAUCUACCAAAGGAGAACUUGCCCGAGGGAUGGGCCAAGACGCCGCACGAGGACAAGGAAUACGUUAUGGCAACUGAGGGCAAGGAGUUGGAACGCGUGGGAAGCGAAAAGUGGCUCGAGCAGCAGUACGACGACAAGCCAAAGUACAAGGNNGGUAUGAAGCAUACCAGUUCAGUCAUAUGGAGCCUCAUGCUGACAUGUCGCAGAUGGGCAAGAGUGAAGAAGGCCAACGGAUUAACCCCCAAGGAAGCCGAAGAUCAGGUCCUCAAGGCCGCAAAGGAGGCUGGCCUCACAGUGAACUAA